AUGGAGAAUGGUACAGCGUUGUCUGAAUUUCUGCUGUUAGGACUUUCGGAUGAUUUUAGGAUUCGUAUUUUUCUCUUCCUGUUGUGUCUUCUCAUCUAUAUUAUGACACUUACUGGUAACCUCUUGGUGCUGUCUAUAAUAAUAACGGACUUCCAUCUUCAGACCCCAAUGUACUUCUUUCUUAGUAACCUGGCCUGUUUGGACAUUGCCUCCUCCACCGCCACUGUCCCACGUUUACUGUUUGAUUUUUUUAGAGAGAAGAAGUCUAUAUCCAUAACACACUGUAUCACCCAGCUCUUCUUCUUCCUGACUUUUAUAAGCACUGAAACUUUCUUACUGGCUGCAAUGUCUUAUGACAGAUAUGCCGCUAUCUGUCUUCCUUUACAUUACAGUAAUAUUAUGCAAUGGAAAGUCUGCAUUGGGGUCCUUUUCACUGUCUGGGUGGUAGGUGUUUCUUAUUCUUUGCUGUAUACACUUUCUACACUGACUCUAUCUUUCUGUGGGCCAAAUAUUGUCCAGAAUUUCUUCUGUGACCUGCGACAACUGUUGGAGCUGUCAUGUAGUAGUUACUUUCUCAAUGUCUUGCUGAUUUUUCUCUUUGGAGGAGUCUUGGGCUUGGCUGCCUUCCUCCUUACAUUUAUCCCAUACAUUAAAAUCCUAAUGACUGUGCUGAAGAUUAAGACAACUGAAGGCAGAACCAAAGCCUUCUCCACCUGCACCGCUCAUCUAACAAUAGUUCUGGUAUUUUACAGUACAAGUGCCAUGAAUUACUUUCACCCUGAAACUGGAAAUUUUUCACUAGGGCGACAUGUUUCUUUGGUCUACGCUAUCUUUGUGCCUGUGAUAAAUCCUCUGGUUUACAGCUUAAGGAACAAUGACCUAAAGAGGGGCUUCCAAAAAUAUUUUAGAUCAUUAAAAUGA